UAAUCUUUUGUGGCUUCAAUAAUGUAGGUGAUAAAGAAUGGAUUACAGAUGGUAUAAUGGUAGACAGGAAAUAAGCAGUCGAGAUAAACGGCAACAGGACAAGGAGCAGGCAUAUGAGGAGUCUCUUAUUGAGGAUUUGGCAGAGGAUUUUCGAUUGCCAAUCCAUCAGAAGCCAACAGAGAAUGUUGAUCUGGAUAACGUGGAACAAGCAUCAUUGGAUACGAAAUUGACAUCGUCAAAUAUUGGGUUUAGGCUUCUACAAAAAAUGGGGUGGAAAGGAAAAGGUCUUGGGAAGGAUGAGCAAGGAAUUACUGAGCCAAUAAAAUCUGGGAUCAGAGACCCAAAACUAGGGAUUGGAAAACAAGAAGAAGAUGAUUUUUUUACGGCUGAAGAAAAUAUCCAGCGAAAGAAACUUGAUAUUGAGCUAGAGGAGACUGAGGAGAAUGCCAAGAAGCGGGAGGUGUUAGCAGAACGUGAGCAGAAAAUUCAAACCGAGGUGAAGGAAAUACGGAAGGUGUUCUAUUGUGAUCUUUGCAACAAACAAUACAAAUUGGCUGUGGAAUUUGAAGCCCAUCUGAGCUCAUACGACCACAAUCACAGGAAGCGUUUUAAAGAAAUGAAAGAGUUGCAUGGUUCAAGCAGUCGCGACGAUCGGCAAAAACGAGAACAGCAACGUCAGGAGAGGGAGAUGGCUAAGUUUGCUCAAAUGGCUGACGCCCAUAAACAACAGCAGCAGCAGCAGCAGCAGCAGCAGCAGCAACAGCAACAGCAACAACAGGAAGAAGAAUCUGGGUCUGGUCCAGCCUCCACUGCACCAAAAACUGCUACUGCACUUGCCAAUCAGGAUCAACGGAAGGCAUUAAAAUUCGGAUUUUCUUCUAAAGGUGGCAUUUCUAAGAACUCAUCUGGAAGUGCUGCAAAGAAGCCAAAAGUAGGUGUCGCCUCAGUGUUCGGCAACGACAGUGAUGAAGAACAAUGAAUAAUAGCAACGGCCACUGCUAGUUAGCAACGUUCCCGAUGUAAUGAUCUCAUAACUUCUUGGUGUCAUGUAACAGUGUAGUCUCUUUUCAAAGGGUUCACGUUAAACUCAAAUGUACGAGACUUGAGUAACGAGUAUUUAUUUGCUUUGUCGGAAAGACUGAUAUAUACAGAACUUUGUAGAUUUCUUGUUUGAUUAUGUCACCUCCAUAAGCUAUACUCAAGUCAUUCAUGGUGA